AUGAACGCCAUUCGCGGGGUAUUCACCGGGUGUAGAUGCAAGCAGAGUGGCAUCUCAUGCGAUACGCCAGGUGCCACGGGCACUGCAGGUGCCGAGCGCACAAAUGCAAGUGUCCCGAGUGCCCCGGGCGCGCCGUGCCCUCCCUCCACGUCCACCGACGCGACCCGCCCCAGCGGCGACAUGCUCGACGACGCCGCGCCGCACGACCCGCACCACGACCCCGCGCACCACACGCGCGGGACAGGCGGCGACGGGGUACAUACCCAGCCUAACGCCCACGAAGUGCCCGUUGACCCGCGCCGACGCGUCAGUAGGGACGGCAAGCCGGCCACCUCGCCUAUCGCCGAGGCUGAGAGCGGCGCCGGCUCGGCGGUCGACGCUGACGCCGACGCGCUCGCCGCGCCCAUCGGGCCUGAGGAGGCCCCCAUCGCCGCUGUGCCCUCCGCCGCUGUCGACGCUGUCGACACGGACGGGGGGCGGCGCUACCAAGAGACCCACGGGAACUAG